CUUUCGCUCAUCUCUGUACUGAACUCACUCAAUCAGUAGCUUAAUAUGCAGCCGUUACUCACUUGGCUGGAACACAGAGAAAAGUGACUGAAAGGGGGAUUCGCUGCCACAUAUAAUAAGGAGAAUAUUUCUUCGUUUUGCGUGAACAGAAUUGAUUAUCAACAAUGAAAGUAGCGUAAUGGGAUUUGUCUGUCUUGAAGGAUAUUCUAAGUAGACGUUCAGAAGGAAUCCUGUUCAGAUUCCUCUGUGGUCGAACCUUAACGUUUGGUUUUACUGUACAUUGGGCGUUUUUCUUUAAGCAUAGGGUAACCUACCUGUACGUUCAAUGUAGGCUAUCUUCAUUUACCUCUUUAGUUGUAGUGGGUCAAGGGUGACUAUACGGACGUAUCGGUAAAGUGGGGACAGUCCAAGGCUUUUUCAAAAAAUGUAAUGCAUUCCUUGUCCUCUUAAAGGAGGGCACCAAAGCAUCUCAAUCGAGUGAAGCUGAUCUACGCGGCGUUUGUGGAUUUAUUUUUCAGCAAGACUGGACGUAUAUCAAUGGACAUAUAUUUACUCUUUUGGACAAAAUGAGUGCCUGUUUAAUUAAAUCAACCACAUGAGCGACGUUCGUUUAAAUUAGGGUCGUGCUCACUGGGGUAUAGGAGACGCUGGAAAUUCUCCGUGUAGGGGACGGCUUUUAUUCAUAUUCUCUGAGAUUGUAGCUGCUGUCUCCGCAGAUAUGGAAAACGAGGUUUUUACGCCUCUGUUGGAGCAAUUUAUGCUCACGCCGCUGGUGUCCUGGGUCAAGACUGUCGGACAGCAGUCUGUCCAUGAUGGCAGCAAACUAUCGGAAUACGUUGAAUUAGUGGACGGGAUCUAUUUAAACCAAAUCAUGUUAGAGAUAAACCCGAAAGCCACAGUUCAGAGGACCAACAAGAAGGUGAACAAUGACUCUACUCUGCGCAUACAGAACCUCUCCAUCCUGAUCAAGCAGAUCAAGUCCUACUACCAGGAGAGCCUCCAGCAGCUGGUGAUGAUGCCUCUGCCCAACGUGCUGGUUCUGGGUAGGAACCCUCUCAGUGAGCAAGGUCUGGAGGAGAUGAGGAAACUGCUGCUACUGCUGCUCGGCUGUGCUGUUCAGUGUGAGAAGAAGGAAGAGUACAUUGAGCGGAUCCAGAGCCUGGACUUUGACACUAAGGCUGCCAUAGCAGCUCACAUCCAGGAGGUGACCCACAACCAGGAGAAUGUGGUGGACCUGCAGUGGCUGGAGGGAGGAGAGCUCGCCCCCGAGGAUCUGGACACGCUGUCCAGGAGCCUGGCCUUCCACCUCAAACGCCUGGUGGACGAGAGGGACGACCAGCUGGAGACCAUCGUGGAGCUGACCCAGGAGAGGGACUGUGGCCAGUUCUCUCCCCUGGCGCCCUACGCCCAGUCCCCCAACGACUCGCCCAGCAUGCGGCGCACUGAGAGUCGCCAGCACCUGUCCGUGGAGCUGGCGGACGCCAAGGCCAAGAUCAGACGCCUGCGGCAGGAGCUGGAGGAGAAGAGUGAGCAGCUGCUUGACUGCAGACAGGAACUGGAGCACAUGGAGACAGAACUCAAAAGGAUUCAACACGAGAGCCAGCAGCUGCUGUCGGACGCGCGGUCAGCGCGGGCCUACCGUGACGAGCUGGACGCGCUGAGAGAGAAGGCCGUCCGCGUGGACAAGCUGGAGAGCGAGGUGGGCCGGUACAAAGAGCGGCUCCAUGACAUUGAGUUCUACAAGGCCAGAGUAGAGGAACUGAAGGAGGACAACCAGGUUCUUCUGGAGACCAAGUCCAUGUUGGAGGACCAGCUGGAAGACACCAGAUCCCGCUCCGACAAGCUCCACGAACUGGAGAAGGAGAGCCUGCAGCUCAAGUCCAAGAUCCACGAUAUGGAAAUGGAGCGGGACAUGGACAGGAAGCGAAUGGACGAGUUGAUGGAGGAGAACCUGGUUCUGGAGAUGGCCCAGAAGCAGAGCAUGGACGAGUCCCUCCACCUGGGCUGGGAGCUGGAGCAGCUGUCCAAGACCCCCGACGUCACCGAGGUCCCCCAGAAGUCCUUGGGCCAAGAGGUGAACGAGCUGACCUCCAGCCGGCUGCUCAAACUGGAGAAGGAGAACCAGACGCUGCUGAAAACCGUCGAGCAGCUGAGGGGCGUGGCUGACAGCACCGGAGAAAAGCCCUCACGCCUGCUGAAAGCCAAUCAGGAGAACCAGAGGCUUACCCACAAGCUGGAGCAGUUGGAGCUGGAGCUGACUUCUGACAGGGAGAGCGUCCGCAGCGCAGAGGGCCUCAGCACGGAGCUGAUGAAGGAGAAGGCCCUGCUGGAGAAGACCCUGGACACUCUGAGGGAGAACUCCGAACGACAGGUAACAGGUCUGGAGCAGGAGAACGAGCACCUCACCCAGACCAUCUCGUCGCUACGUCAGCGGUGCCAGGUAGGCACGGAGGCCCGGGUCAAAGACGUGGAGAAGGAGAACCGGGUUCUCCACGAGUCCAUCCGGGAGACCAGCUCCAAGCUCAACAAGAUGGAGUUUGAGAGGAAGCAGCUGCGCAAGGACCUGGAGCUGUGCAAGGAGAAGGGGGAGAGGGCCGAGGAGCUGGAGCUGCAGGUGCAGAGGCUGGAGAGGGACAACGAGAGCCUGCAGAAGAGAGUGGCCAGCCUGGGCAUCACCUGUGAGAAGGUGUCUGCCCUGGAGAAGGAGAACAGCGAGCUGGAGGCGGAGACGCGGCGUCUGAAGAAGAAGGUGGACGGCCUGAGGAACACGUCCUUCCAGCUGGAGGCCCUGGAGAAGGAGAACGCCCAGCUGGAUGAGGAGAACCUGGAGCUGCGGCGGGCGGCGGAGAACCUGCGCUCGGCGGGGGCCAAGGCUGCCCAGCUGGAGAUGGAGAACAGGGAGCUGGAGAGUGAGAGGAGCCAGCUGAAACGCAGCAUGGAGCUGCUCAAGGCCUCCUCCAAGAAGACUGAGAGGCUGGAGGUGAGCUACCAGGGCCUGGACACGGAGAACCAGCGUCUGCAGAAGGCCCUGGAGAACAGUAGCCGGAAGAUCUCCCAGCUGGAGGCCGAGCUGCAGGACGUGGAGGCGGAGAACCAGAGCCUGCAACGCAGCCUGGAGGAGCUGAAGAUCUCCAGCAAGCGCCUGGAGCAGUUGGAGCAGGAGAACAAAACUCUGGAGCAGGAGAGCUCUCAGCUGGAGAAGGACAAGAAGCAGUUGGAGAAGGAGAACAAGCGUCUGCGUCAGCAGGCCGAGAUCAGGGACUCUAAGCUGGACGACAGCAACCAGCGCCUCUCCCAGCUGGAGAAGGAGAACCGCACACUGGGCAAGGAGAUGAUCUUCUUCAAGGAUUCCUGCACUCGUGUCAAAGACUUGGAGAAGGAGAAUAAGGAGCUGGUGAAACUCACGUCCAUCGACAAGAAGACCCUAGGCACACUCAGAGAGGAACUGGUGAGUGAGAAGCUGAAGACUCAGCAGAUGAAUAAUGAUUUGGAGAAGCUGACUCACGAGCUGGAGAAGAUCGGCCUGAACAAGGAGGGACUGCUGCAGGACGAGCAGAGCUCAGACAGAUACAAGCUGCUUGAGUCUAAGCUGGAGUCUUCUCUGAAGUCCUCCCUGGAGAUGAAGGAGGAGAAGAUCGCUGCCCUGGAGGCAAGGCUGCAGGAGUCGUCCAACCUCAACCAGCAGCUACGCCAAGAACUCAAAACAGUGAAGAAGAACUACGAGGCGCUGCGCCAGAGAGAGGAGGAGGAGAGGAUGGUGCAGAGCUCGCCCCCUAGAGGAGAGGAGGACUUUCAGCCCAGCAGGUGGGAGAAGGAGAGUCACGAGGCCACGCGAGAGCUGCUAAAGGUCAAGGAUCGCCUCAUCGAGGUGGAGAGGAACAAUGCCACCCUCCAGGCUGAGAAGCAAGCACUGCGUAGCCAGCUGAAGCAGCUGGAGACCCAGAGCAGUAACCUGCAGGCCCAGAUCCUGGCCCUCCAGAGGCAGACUGCCACCCUGCAGGAGAACAACACCACGCUGCAGACCCAGAACGCCAAGAUCCAGGUUGAGACCUCCACUCUCAACUCCCAGAGCGCCGCCCUGAUGGCCCAGAAUGCACAGCUGCAGAGCCAGCAGAUGAGCACGGAGAGCGAGAAGGAGGGGGCGGUGCGUGAGAAGGAGGACCUGAGGUCCACCUAUGAGCUGCUGCUGCGGGACCACGAGAAGCUGGCCGCCCUCCACGAGAGGCAGGCGUCCGAGUACGAGGCCCUGAUAGGCAAGCACGGCGGGCUGAAGAGCGCCCACAAGAGCCUGGAGAUGCAACACAGAGACCUGGAGGACAGGUACAACCAGCUGCUGAAGCAGAAGGCUCAGCUGGAGGAGCUGGAGAAGGUUCUGAAGACGGAACAAGAGAAGAUGCUCUCUGAGAACAAGAAUCACGAGGUCACGGCCGCAGAGUACAGCAAGCUGAAAGAGGAGAACGAGAAGUUGAACGCGGCUCACCGUCAGCUGGUGAAGGACAACGACAGCCUCCAGGCCGACCACAAGAGCCUGAAGACCCAGAUGAACAACGCCACGCUAGAACAGACCAGGAUGGAGGCUGAGUUCUCCAAGCUGAAAGAACAGUACCAGCAGCUAGACAUCACCUUUACCAAGCUCACCAACCAGUGUGAGCUGCUGAGUCAGGUGAAAGGGAACCUGGAGGAGGAGAACCGACACCUACUGGACCAGAUCCAGACGCUGAUGCUGCAGAACCGGACCCUGCUGGAACAGACCAUGGAGAGCAAGGACCUGUUCCACGUGGAGCAGAGACAGUACAUAGACAAGCUGAACGAGCUGAGGAGACAGAAGGAGAAAUUGGAGGAGAAGAUCAUGGACCAGUACAAGUUCUACGACCCCUCUCCACCACGCAGACGCGGGAACUGGAUCACCCUGAAGAUGAGGAAGCUGAUCAAGCCUAAGAGCCGUGAGAGGAUGCGCUCGCUGACCCUGACGCCGUCGCGCUCAGAGUCCAGUGAGGGCUUCCUGGGGCUGCCCCUGGACAGCCAGGACAGCUCCUCCGUGGGCUCCGGGUCCAACUCUCUGGACGACACUCUCACACAGAAGAGGAGCAGCAGGAGGAGAGGGCAGUCCUCCCAUGUGCAGGUGCAGGGUUCGACCAAUGCUCUCAAAAGGUUGCCCUUUAUGAGGAACCGGUCCAAGGACAAAGACAAAGCGAAGGCCAUCUACAGACGGUCCAUGUCCAUGAAUGACCUGCUCCAGACCAUGGCCCUGGCAGGGCCCGGCACGGGGGGCCAGUGGGUCAACAGCUCGGACAACCUGGACGGCCCAGAGGACGUGGAGGGGGGUGGCAGCGGCGGGCAGCGGAUGAAGGAGCUGGGCUCCAUGGCUUAUUCCACCAACGCCAUCGACUACGCCACCCUCAGUCUGCCUGCCGGACAUCGGGGCAGACAAAAGCUCAGGGUCAAAGACAACGCAUCCUGCGAGGACGUGCCUGCGUCCUCAGAGGAGCCCAGCGGGGUCAGGGGUCAAGCCUCCAGACCCUCCAGCCUCCAUAGCAACAAGACCACGCGUAGUAAUAGUAAUAAUAACUCCCACCUCCCUUCUCCACUCGAGGGCAAAGGCACGUUGAACGGCAGCCUGAGCAGGCCGCACAGUGAGAGCAGCGGGGAGUUCAGUCUGAGCCUGGACGCUGAGGUGUGGUCAAGCAGCGGCAGCAGCCCCGUCCAGCAGCCCCUGUCCCGCUCCUCCCACCAGAGCCCCCUGCAGCUCCGCAAAGCCCUGGAGACCCCCACCCCCUCCACCACACCUGGACCAGGCACCUCCGGCCGGGCCAGGAAGAAGUCUGGCUCCCCGGGCAGCGAGGUGGUCACCCUGCAGCAGUUCCUGGAGGAGAGCAUUGAUCCUGACGAGUCUGGCAGCCAGGAGAACCUGACCGUAGACUCGCCCCGCCUCUCCGGAGGCACAGAGCACGUGCAGAAGGACCGAAACUCCGCCUCCACCAAGGGGCGGGGCAUCCUGCGCUCAGCCAGUGGGAGGGCAGCACCGGUGAACUCGGACUCCCGUCCGCCCAGAUCCGGCCAACCGGGUCGUCCGACCCUGAGGAAGGCGGAGAGCACGCGCGUGAAGGGCUCGGUCCUGCCGCGGCAAAGCCUGUCGUCCCAGGGCAAGGCCACGUCGGUGUGUGAGCGUCUGGACUCCGCCUCCUCCUCGUCCACGCUGCCUCGCGCGAGCAGCGUCAUCUCCACAGCCGAGGGCACGACGCGCCGGACCAGCAUCCACGACCUCCUGUCCAAAGACAACCGCCAGCCCGUCUCUGUCGACCCCAUACCCUCAUCAUCCUCCUCCUCCAAGGCCGUGCCCCGCGCCACACCCAGUGAGUACCUCCCUUCCUCCACCACCCUCUUCCCCUCCCAGCUGACGCGGCCUAGCCCCCCAGUGCCCCUGCCCAAGUCCAUCAGCCUGCCCUGCCGCACGGAGGAGGCGGACUUCUCCAGCCUGGAGUCCUUCUUCGGCUCCUCCUUCACGGUAGAGUCGGUCUUCAUGGACUCCAUCUUCAGCGAGCCCGCCUUCUCCGGGAGCGCGGGCAAGAACCUCCCCUUCCUGUCCCUCAACCCCUCCCUCGUCAGCAACAUCAGUGGCCCCCCCGGCAAAUCCCACCCCCGCCCCUCCCUUGCCCAAACCUCCCUCAACCAAUCAAGUGGUCAGAAUGGGCUGAAGCCCAGCCCAUCUGAUCAGGGAGAGAAUCAAGAGGGUUUAGAUUGUAAUCAUGUGAUUGAUGCUGACCAAUCCCCUUCACCUAGCCCAGAGGACAACCAAUCACUGUGGUAUGAGUAUGGGUGUGUGUGAAUGUUGGAAGGGUAACCUGAUCAGUGAUGUGGAUAAGGACCAGUGACUGGGCUAUGAAGGGGGAAAUGAAAUUCUUUUGUUUUUGCAUGUCUGAUGAAAACCCUAUCAUUCAUACUUGCGAUCUUUUCUGUUGGAUGUUUUCAUAUGGCUGAUUAUUUGUGAUAAUCACUGUUUCUCUCACCCCUGGUGUAGUCUCUCCCUUCUCUGUGUGAUGGUGAAGGGCUCUAUGGAAGUCUCCCCACCAAGGUUCAUGUCAUUCACACAAUCUCUGUUGGCUUGCUAACACUAAGACUAUUAUCUGCAUUAGCAAUGUCAAAGACAGUGUUCAUGGUUUUAGAAUGAAUUCUACCCACCACCAAAUUAUUUGAAAAAAUGUAUUGCAGACCUAAGCCAAAGAGCUAAAAAUACAUGGUAAUUUUAGAUGUUGACACGACUCAGUUCAUCUCAAAUAUAUCAAGUCAGAUGUAACAGUCAUGUUAGUAGAGUUAAAUAGAGAAAGGAGGCUUGUAGAACAAGUCCCAAGGUCUGUCUGGGAAACUGCCAAUUAAAAGCCAAUCACAUUUCUGGAGCCUGAUUUAUGUAAUGUAUCCCUUUAGAGAAAAUUGCUACUAUCUUUAACAGGAAACCAGUUUCCUUGUCUAUUUAUGUCGCACAGAUAAUAGAUCCAGUCUCCCCUAACCUCUUGGUGUUUGUACGUGGGAAACUUUUCAAAUGUUCUGUUGUAUCUCAUCCUUCCCUUCUUCACACCAACCUAGUUCUAUAUUCACUGAGAUGCAUGGCUUUUGUUCUUUGUUCCUGGUGUGUGGCCUCUGAACUGCCCAUUUUGAUUGUUUUCAAAUCAAAAUGUUACUGUUUUUAUUUUGGUUUUGGUGGCGUUUUGUAAGUCUGUGCACUAAGGCACGGUGUUUUAUUCUUAUUUUUUUAUAUUUUUUUGUACAUUCUUCAGCGUGCGUCGAUUUGUUUGUUCAUGUGAAUAGGCGGUUCUUGGUUAAAGAAAGGGGCUUCAUUCACAGAAUGAUCAGAUGGGGGAAGUUCAGUUGGGAAAGAGGAAUCUAACUCGAGUUGGAUGUAGUUUUUUAUUACACGGCUGUUCUUAACGCUAUAGACAGCUCCAUUCACUUGAAUGGGGCUUCCCAACAUUCUUUUAUAUUUGCCGGUGUUUAUCACCUGCUGAAUGCUCUCUCAACUAGCUAGGUUGAAGAUAUUUAUUUAUUUUGUGGAUGAAGGCUCUUUCUUUCCAGGGGUGGAUAUUUUGAUCAAGACUUGUGGGUGUACACAUCCAUUCACUACAAAUUCUAAUUUCACGACAGCUAAUCAUUGAGUGAUUAGAUCUUGUACAUACCAUCAUACACACCAUAUUAAAUUAUAUUCCAGGACAGAAUGCACCGCUUCAUGCACUAGCAGUAGAAGGAGGGGCAAAGUCAUGGCUUUUAGUCUAUAGGUCCUUAUUUAUUCCUGCUUUUUCACUUUUAUAUUUAAUCGUUUGAAGUAUUGUUUUGCUGGUGUUUAUCUUGUUGUGUGUUUGUGACCAGUACAGCCUAACCUCUCUGCCCGUGUCCAGGUGUAUUGUGAUGACCUUGCCUUUGUUCUGCAGAUGUGGAAGGGUUACAGGAGCGCAGAAAGUCUAAAAGCAGAAUGGGGGAGCAGCAAAGCUCCUAAACGUUUCUCAGCGUCGCCCACUGUUCUG